AUGGUGACAGACAUGGAUGAGAAGAGUGAAGCCGACUGGGCUGAUGGCAAAAAGGUCGAGACAGACAGGAGGACUGUGGGCCAGGCAGCCAAGACGUCCACGAAUCAGGUGAAUAACCAGGAGAAAACAUAUGUAGACCCCUGUGGCAUACUUGCUCAGGCCUUGGAGGAGGAGGAGGAGGAGGAGGAGGAGGAGAAAGAGGAGGAGCCGCCGCCGCCGCCGCUGUCGCCGCCGCCGCCGCCGCCGCCUCGGCUGGAAGCGAGGUACCUCCUCCAGGCCGGCCCCCGCGUGGGCGAGGGCGAUGUUCUGGCCCGGGAGGGGGAGGAGGAGGUGCAGUCGCCGUCGCUGCCGCCGCCGCCGCCGUCGCCGCCGCCAACGCUGUCUCCGCCGGCAAGCGAUGUAUCUGCGCCAGGCCGUCCCCCGACCUCCCCGGCCCGAGCCCCGCGGGCUGCUGCUGCCGCCGCCAUGAAGAACCGCUUCAACCGCGGCCGCCCGGCGGAGAGGGAGGGGCUCCGGCCCCGGAGCAGCAGCCAUCGCCGCCACUGCUGCCGCUUCGGCCCGGAAGCGAUGUAGUCCCGCCAAGCUGUCCCCUGAGCUGCACAGCCCGAGACCCGCGAGCCGCAGCUAGCGCGGCCGCUGUGAAGAGGCAGUUAAACCGCAGGAAACAGCUGGUCAACCAGACCGUGGGCAGGGUGAAGGUGCGUUCCAUUUGGUCUCUUUCUUACGUGUGGAAGCAUUUCUGACCAUCGUUGGCCCG